GGCCGGGGGAUGCGGGGGGAGGAGAAGGCGGGCUCCCAAUCCGGUUUCAUCUGGUUCUCCCACUGCCCCCAUCGCGGGUCCGAGCAGCUUGGGCGGCGGGAGACGCGGCAGCGGCCAGGCAGCCCAGGUUCGCCAAGCCACUAGGCGCGCCGCGGCCCUCAGGCACCCAGCACGCGCCCGGCCCGCCGCCACGAUGCCCAAGAGGAAGGUCAGCUCUGCGGAGGGGGCGGCCAAGGAGGAGCCGAAGAGGAGGUCGGCCCGGUUGUCAGCCAAACCCGCGCCUGCGAAAGCGGAGGCGAAGCCCAAAAAGGCGGCGGGAAAGGAUAAGUCUGCAGACAAGAAAGUGCAAACAAAAGGGAAGAGGGGAGCAAAGGGAAAGCAGGCGGAAGUGGCUGACCAGGAGCCUAAAGAAGACCUCCCUGCGGAAAAUGGAGAAACUAAAAACGAGGAGGUUGGAACGUUUGUGUUGUUGGUUUUUACGCUGACAGUAGAUAAUAAGUUACACUUUUAUGUAGCUGAUAAGAUGGUAUUUAUCUUUUAUAUUAAAUAUUUUGUGGCUUAGUGGUUGACUGACAUCCAUGCGCAGAGACGUCGCUGGUUUGAUACCCACUAGGGGGUGUGUGUCCUCAUUUUUCUAUAUCUUUCUCCCUCACCCACUCUCUAAAAUCAUUAAAAACAUUUUAAAAUAAAUAAUAAGUGGACUGCAAGGUUUUGAUAAAUAACUUUAAGCCAACUAAGCCUCUUUUUACAUUAUACUGGCUAAACUAGAAAAGAAAUAAUUUAGGUACUUAUUUUUAAGCUUUUCUACUUAUAGAUCAAAUUUUAAUGUAAUCAUCUACUAAAUUGUAAGGUUUACAAUCACAGUAUACUUUGAAUUCCUAGUUCUAACCACAGCAUCAAAUAUGUGAUAUAAGAAGACAUUACUAAUCUAGUUAUGAGGGAAGUAUUGAAUACAUGUUAUCAAACUACAGUUGAUUGUUGUUACUCAUGAUGGUUAUGUUUUAAGAGGUUGCUGUGAAUACUGAACAGUUAGGGGAAAUGCAGGGUUAGAAUCCUUUACACUGAUCACAACACUUCAAUUGAUUAUAACUUUAUUUCAUCUGUGUUUCUGUUUAAUAUAUGUUGUCAGUACAUUAGCAUUGAACUCAGGGCCAACAGAAACAGCACUGUAACUCAUGCCUAAAUGAAGCUAUUUCCCCCCCCCCCCCCAUGUGUAUUUUCUCCAUAAGACACAUUACAACAUCCUUGCACUUGGCAAUACAAGACAAUACUAUACUUGUCUAGACAACAUCAUCCCCCCACUGCCUGGCGCGCGCCCCCCCCCCCA